CCGCAACCGCCGCAAUCAGUCCCCCACGAGCAGCUGUACGCUCUGCAUUUCUCCCUAGCUGUUAUACCAAGUCACCUGCCAGUUUUGCACCAGUGCAUUGCAACACAUUGAUCAUGUCAAAUAAUAAGAAAAUCGAGCAAUGGGAAAUUGAGCGGUACUGGGAAAUAUUCACGUCGCUUGCAAACGGCCAACCGCGCCUGAACAACUCCCAGGCCGCGUCGGUGCUCCGGAACAGUCGACUUCGCGAUGACCAGUUAGAGAAGAUUUGGGACCUGGCGGACGUGGAUGGUGAUGGAGAGCUGGACUUUGAAGAGUUUUGUGUUGCCAUGCGAUUAGUGUUUGACCUGGUCAAUGGGGAAUACCAAGAAGUUCCUCUAUCCCUGCCGGAAUGGCUCGUGCCAGAGUCCAAAGCUCACCUCGUCCAAGCCACCCACGCCCUGAGCGGUCGCCAGGUCCAAUUCGAGCGAAUAGAAGACGAAGAUGAAACGCCUGGCCUGAAAGAUGGGUUUGACUGGUACAUGAAUCCGUCCGAUAAAUCUAAAUAUGAAGAGAUCUACACUGCGAACCGGAAUCCCCGUGGCGAAAUUACAUUCGAAUCUCUUCAGGGGCUGUACGAUUCCCUGGAUGUUCCAGAUACCGAUGUCCGCUCUGCAUGGAAUCUUGUCAACCCCUCGGCAUCACGCUCAAUCAAUAAGGACGCCACCCUCGCCUUCUUGCACAUGCUCAACUACCGCCAUGAGGGUUUCCGCAUUCCUCGCACGAUCCCCCCUUCGCUAAGAUCAUCAUUUGAGUCCAACAAGAUUGACUACCAGGUUGACAACGUUGCGCCUGCCCAGAAAUGGGGGGCCGAUGGCGAGGAGACACGGUCUAGCCGCAAGGCCAAGUUUGGAGAUACGUACCUGAGUCGCCUCGGAGUGGGCGGCAAGACGACCUACCGCCCCAAGGGCACCGAUUUCAGUGACACGAUACAGGACGAGGAGUGGGAAAAGGUCCGGCUGAGGCGGGAGCUCGUGGAGUUGGAGUCGAAGCUCGAGGCGGCGAACAAGGCCUCGGAGCAGCGGCGGGACAAGCCCCGGCUGGAUGGCCGGCCGAACUGGGUUCUCAUCAAGAAAGAGGCGCUGCAGCUACUGGAAUACAAGGAGCGGGAGCUGCGGGAACUGCGCGAAGGCACUGGUCGGUCCAAGGACGGGCAGGACAUGGCUCGCCUGCGCGACGACGUCAAGACGGUGGGGGAUCAGGUCGAAGGGCUCAAGAAACAUCUGAGUCAACGUAGAGAGAUCCUAGACGAUCUGCGCAGUCAAAUCGAAGACGAGAAGUCGCGCCGAUGAGUAUAAUUGCAUUCAACACAAACCACUAUUUCUUCAUCUUUUUUGCUUUUCCCCUUCCCCCCACCCUCACCUUUCUCUUUUCCAACUGUUCAUAUGUUGUCUUCGCUCGGUAUAUACCUAGGUAGCGUGUACGAUUUCUCUUCACCCAGCUUUACCGGCUGGC